CCAAUUCACGGCUGUAUUGAAGUAGUGUCUGGCACAUCGAGGCCGUUUCAGCUACACGCAAAAUAUUUACUUUUAAAUACGGAACUUCUAUUAUUAGCCACGAUCGAGAACCUGCCUCGGUAAUAACGAAUUUGACCCGGAGUCGUAAAGGCUGUGCAGGGUGAAGUCGGGGGAGACGGACAGGAAAAAAACAAAGAUGGCUGUGUAGCCAGAGAGACGAGUCCCAACAGAACUGUCUGUAGCCGCGGCUUUAAUCACCGACAGGUCCCGUGGGUUCCGUGGACAGUCAGCCAGUACCGGAGCAGGGACGUUAGACGAGCUGGGCCGCUGGUAUACAUCGUUGUAAUCUGCUGUCAUUGCGAAUAACGGCGUCGAGAGUACAACAACAGCUGAGAGACGCCUGAGUUGUUUUUGUUCUGCCUGGGCAAAGGGAGAGGACUGCUGUGUUUUUGUCAACGUAGCUAGCCGCAUAGUCUGCUAGCCUCACUGUAAGUCAACAAAACUAGUCAACGUUUAAUUAAGUCAUAAUUACAUUUUGCACAUGAUCUCGUUAUUACACAAUCAUUGGCUUGUUAAAUUUCAAGUUCGUAAGUGGAGGGUAGCAUUAAUAAUAAGUUAGCCUGCAUUCCUUUCUGACAGCCUGCUGCUGUUGCGUUAGCCUAGCUAACGUUAGCUAGCUGUCAGCUGACCGUUAGCUUGACAGGUUGUAAGCUAGCCCUGAGCUAACCUGCUAAUAUUUCAGGCUCAGCCUGGUCGCGGCAGGUUCAUCUCAGAAAUUUCUAGACAGUCAUCGCCAUGUCUUCACUGGAAGAGAGAGACGUGGGCGUUGCGGCCGCCCCUGGCUCCUCCUCGGCCGGCCUGGGGGUCGGGGCCGUGGGGGCAGCGGUGGAGGCUGUCGCCGGGGUCGCAGCCAUGCAGGAGGAGGUCGGCAUACGGCGAGAUGGGCCCGAGCCUGACCCAGACGAGCCACCCAAGAAGAGGGUGAAAGUUCCCGAGGGAGAGUCAGGAAAGCUGGAGGAGAGACUGUACUCAGUGCUGUGCUGCACCGUGUGCCUAGACUUGCCCAAGGCGUCUGUAUACCAGUGUACCAAUGGCCACCUGAUGUGUGCAGGCUGUUUUAUCCACCUCCUGGCUGAUUCUCGUCUCAAGGAGGAGCAGGCAACGUGUCCCAACUGCAGGUGUGAGAUCAGCAAGAACCUGUGCUGCAGGAACCUCGCUGUGGAGAAGGCUGUCAGUGAGCUGCCGACAGAAUGUACCUUCUGCCUAAAACAGUUCCCCCGCUCCAGCUUAGAGAGACACCAGAAAGAGGAGUGCCAAGACAGGGUGACACAGUGUAAGUACAAGAGAAUUGGCUGCCCCUGGCAGGGUCCGUUCCACGAGCUGCCAGCACACGAGAGUGAGUGCUCCCAUCCCACCAAGACCGGCACAGAGCUGAUGGGAAUACUGGGAGAGAUGGACCAGAACCACCGCAGAGACAUGCAGCUCUACAACAGCAUCUUCAGCCUGCUCUGCUACGAAAAGAUCGGCUUUACAGAGGUGCAGUUCAGGCCGUACCGCACCGAUGACUUCAUCACUCGUCUGUACUAUGAAACGCCGCGCUUCACUGUGCUCAACCAGACGUGGGUGCUGAAGGCCCGCGUUAACGACUCUGAGCGCAACCCCAACCUGUCCUGCAAGCGCACCCUCUCCUUCCAGCUCAUCCUCAAAAGCAAGGUGAACUCCGCCCUCGAGUGCUCCUUCCUGCUGCUGAAGGGGCCGUACGACGACGUGCGGAUCAAGCCGGUCAUCCACCACCACUCCUUCAGCAACGACGCCAACGAGACCGACUACGUCCCUCUGCCCAUCUCCGAUUCGGUGGAGUGCAACAAACUGCUGGCCGCCAAAAACAUCAACCUGCGCCUGUUCAUCUUCCAAGUCCAAAAAUAAAGAGUGAGGGAAGAGGAGGAGGAGGAGGAGGAAGAGGAUGGAAAGGAUGAGGAAGAAGAAGAGGGGUGAUGGAGGGCGAGGGGCACGGGAGAGAGGAGCGAUGAAGAUUAAAGAGAGACACCACUGAACCACUGAUACCUCUUAACACCUACACACACACCAACGCAUAUACACACACAUUCACGCAGGGUAUACACGCCUACACGCACACAUAUUUACAGUAUAUUGACACACACACACACACACACACACACACACACACACCACUAAUUACACUUACCUCCUUUUACAAGAUAGUGAGACCCCCUUGCCUGGGGAGCUGUGAGCUUGCUAUGGAGAUGG